UGGCUGACUAGCUUUCAUCUGUCUCUUUCGGACCAGCGAAGUGCUGAAGUGAGGUUGUCCGCUGAACACCGGCCGCUAAAAUCGUAAAUCUAAAAUUCAGAAGAGGCCUCAAAGCACCUUGUCUGCAUCAUUGUUACUAUACACCUUGCAAGAUGUGCGCUCAGAGAGAUUUGCCCCGACCCGAUUUUUGGCAGAGGGGCGGUGCUGGCAGUGGAGGCUCAAACGGGCCCAGAGGAGGGGGCUUUCGCCCAGGGAACGGCCCCAUGCUCAUCAACCCCAGCCUGAACGGAGACAACCUGCAUGUGGGGCGCCGCCGGCGUACCCACUCAGAGAGCCAGGCUGUGGCGGAGCCGGAGAGAGCCGGCCUGAGGGCCGAGGCAGCCCCUUUCAGCCCCUCGUCGCCAUCGGCUGGCACGUGGGUGAACCGCAGCCUGUACGAGCAGGCUGAUGGCUCCUUCCAGACGUGGCAGUCCAGUUCCCCCCCGACGACCUCGUCCCCAAGGGAGCGUGUGCCCCGGGCCCUGGUCUUCCGGUCCAGACGGAACCCUACUGGCGGUGCCGCAACCACUUACAGUUCCAGUGCUGCGCAGCACCGUGGUGACCAGGAGGAGAGUUAUCACCAGGGAGGCCGAGGAGGCAGUUACCAUAGAGGCCGUGGCCGCCAGUAUGCAACCCGCACGCACUACCGCUCGUCAUCGGAGCCAAAGCGGGCGAGGGUGUCCGAUGGAUCAGGGGUGGGCCGAGGAGGCCGAAGCAGAGGGUCUUCAGAGACCGAGCGCACUCAUCAGAGGAACCCUGGAAAAACAGUCACCAUGAGUGGACUCCAGUGCCUGAUGCAGGACAGUGUCUGGUUCGACAAGCCCAGGUAUGACGAGGCCGAGCGGCGCUUCUACGAGGGCAUGAACGGCAUCACCCACUCCGCACAGCCGCCUCAGGAGAGAGAAGCUAGUGCCAUCCUGCAGGACAUUGCUAAAGCCCGCCAGAAUAUCCAGAAAUCCCUAGCCGGACUGAAGACAGCACUGCAGCCAGGCCGGGGUCAGUCUCGUCCCCAAAAGCAGCAGCAGCGCCGCAAUCGGACCACCUCAUCGAGCAGCACAGGGGCUGGAGACCAGACAGACCUUGUGUCACGCAUGAAGAGUCUGGAGUUGGAGAACCAGAGCUUGCACAAAGCUGUAAAUGACCUCAGAUCCAUGAUGUCCAAGAUGGAGGCGCGUCUCACCGUGCUGGAGAAGGCCAAACCUGCUGCCGCUUCACCAGCCUCCGCACACGCCGCCAAGACCGUGGUUGUCCAGGCGCCCAAGAAGGUCGAAGUGAAAGAUGAGGAGGAGGAUGACGACGAUGACUUGGACCUGUUCGGCGACGACGACGACGAUGAGGAGGCAGAGCGCCUCAAGGCAGAGAGGGUGAAGGCGUACACUGAAAAGAAGUCCAAGAAGCCAGUGCUCAUCGCCAAAUCCUCCAUCCUGCUCGACGUCAAGCCUUGGGACGACGAGACGGACAUGGCCAAGAUGGAGGAGUGUGUGCGCUCUGUCCAGACAGAUGGGCUCCUGUGGGGCGCCUCUAAGCUGGUGCCUGUGGGCUAUGGCAUCAAGAAGCUGCAGAUCAACUGCGUGGUGGAGGAUGACAAGGUGGGCACAGACUACCUGGAGGAGGAGAUCACCAAGUUUGAGGACUAUGUCCAAAGUGUGGAUGUUGCUGCCUUCAAUAAGAUCUAAGCCUCCUUGGUCCAGAUUGGUGUGCUGUGCUGGUGUUUUUGCUGCUUUAAGUUUGAACGGUUUCAAAAUAAAAACAGUUUUGCGUUAA